UUAAACUAGGACUCAUAAACAAUUAGAUCUAGAUCUAGAUCAAUUAGUAUUUACAUAAAACUAGGACUCGUAAAAAAUCUAUUUUAAUGUGUCAACAUUCUAGAUCUAGAUUUCUAGAAUCUUUAUACAUUACAUUUACAUUGAUUACAAAUUUGCGUUUCAUGAUUUUCUAUAGUGACUAUAGAGUAGUUGUUUUAAACUUUCUACUUUCGAAUUUACACUUACCUUUUAUUGCAUGUUUCCGUUCCAAGGCAUAGUCCAUACACAGACUGUUAAGGUAGAAAUACUAAUAGAGACUAAUUUGAUCUAGAGUCUCUAGAGAUAUAGAUCUAUAUAAUAUAGAAGGCACUUCUCCACAAACCUAGAUCUAUCUUUAGAUCUAGAGCCAUCAUUGCUGCAGCAAGAAGCGUCUCAAGGAAAUGCACACAUUAACAGAAGUAGAAACUUUAUCUGGUCACUCAGACAGGGUUUGGUGUGUCUCCUGGAGUCCUAAUGGAAGUCUUCUUGCUUCUUGUGGAGGAGAUAAAUCUAUACGAAUUUGGGGGAAGGAAGGUGAAAAAUGGAUCUGCAAGUCCAUUUUAACUGACGGUCACACUAGAACUGUAAGGUCAGUGUCAUGGUCACCUUGUGGGAUGUAUUUAGCAGCUGCAAGUUUUGAUGCCACUACUAGUGUGUGGAGCAGGAAAGCGGGAGAGUUUGAAUGUCUUGCUACCUUGGAAGGUCAUGAAAAUGAGGUCAAAAGUACUUCAUGGGCAUGCACUGGAAAUCUACUGGCCACCUGCAGUCGAGACAAAAGUGUAUGGAUAUGGGAAGUGACUGCUGAUGAAGAAUUUGAAUGUGCCAGUGUAAUGUCAACACAUACACAGGAUGUAAAAAGAGUGAAAUGGCACCCUAACAAGGAAAUUCUGGCGUCUUGUAGCUAUGACGACACUGUCCGUCUCUACAGAGAACAAGCAGAUGACUGGGAGUGUUUCACUACUCUCAAAGGGCAUAGCUCAACUGUUUGGGCGAUAGACUUUGAUAAGACAGGGAGCAGGUUGGCUUCCUGCAGUGCUGAUGCAACCGUCAAGAUAUGGCAGGAAUACGAGCCUGGAAACCCAGAGUGUGUUGCUACACCUGAUAAUGUCUCCACUUGGAAGUGUGUCUGCACUAUUGGUGGCUAUCAUGAAAGGGCUAUCUAUGACAUUAGCUGGUCCCACCUGUCUGGCUUGCUAGCUACAUCAUCAGGGGAUGACAGCCUGUGUAUUUUCAGUGAGAUCCAUUCUUCUGAUUCUAGGAACCAGCCUCAAUUUGAACUAGUAGCUAGGGUCAGGGGAGCUCACUCUCAAGAUGUCAAUUGCACAGUAUGGAGCCCCACAGAGGAAGGACUAUUAGCUUCAUGUAGUGAUGAUGGAACUAUUAAAUUAUGGAAACUUGAAAGGGAUGAGAAGUAAUGAAAGCUGGAUAAAGUUGCUCUUUAAACAAAAAAUACUUUGAUCAACUUUAUUGAAUAAGUACCUUAAAAGAAAAAAAAAGAUUUGUAUUCAUUCUAUGUAUAUGUUUUUUUCCUUUGUGUAAAGGAACAUGUCUUAAUCAAGAAAGAAAAGAAAUACUAAUAAACUGGCUUAUUUUUGCACUAUUGUGUGGUUGUCAAGCUGAAAGACCGAUGAUCAAAACCUAAUGAGGCAAGGAUUUGCACUGUAAUUUUGUGCAAGCAUGACUCUGUUGGGCAUCUUUUGCAAAUGUUUUCAGCUUUAAAAUCUUUCUUUGUCUUCCUUUCUUCUUUUAUUGGAUAGUGUUUUUCUUGGGUCUCAAAUAGCAUGUGCUGGAUAAGCCAGUUGUCAGUUUCUCUGAUUCCAGAGAAUAGCUUUUGUUGAGUUUACUUAUUACUCAUGUAGAUGGUAGGUUGUCUCUUAUGAAUACUGCACUUUUGAUUUUAUUUUACAAUAGUUUCAAGUCAUACUAUAUAGAAACAGUUGGUUGGCAAAAUUAUAACAGUAUUUAUGCCUCAUGAACAGAAGAACUCUUAUCCUAAAUCUUGCAUGCUUUUUGUCCUUCUUUCCUAAAGAACUUAAGGCUUGCUCAUAAGAUACUUGUUUAUGUCAAAUAAUCUAGAGUAGUUGUUAGUUUGGUUGAUUUGGCUGAACAUGGUAUUAUUAGCAUUAAUAUAGAAACAUCUCCUUGUAUGUUAUUGAUAUUAAUUCAUCCUUCACUGGUUUUUAUUUCAUUUGAAAUGUACCUAUAUUUUAGAUGUGUUGUUAUGUGUAUAUAUUAUAAAUUGAAUUAUACAAUAUAAAAAAGAGAUUCAUUGCCUAGGUUUACGAUGAUUUUAGUCUGCAAUUUAAAAAAAUUGUUAAAAAAUGUGAAA